CGAUAUUUCCCGCGAGCUCUCUCUGUAGCGGCACACAGGAUUGUCAACGCUGGUCUGUGUGCUAGCUAGAAAAUCUGAUAAGUUGGCAAAUUCCACGUGAUUAAUAAAAUUCUUGUUUAACUAAAUAACAGCAAACAACAACAAUCAACAUGAGUUUACUCGCCAAAAUCGCGGAAAUUGAAAAUGAGAUGGCCAGGACGCAGAAGAACAAGGCCACAUCCAAUCACUUGGGUCUGUUGAAAGCUCGCCUCGCCAAGCUGAGGAGGGAACUCAUCUGUCCCAAGGGAGGCAGCGGCGGGGGUACUGGCGAAGGUUUUGAUGUGGCCAAAACGGGUGAUGCCCGUAUCGGGUUUGUGGGCUUCCCUUCUGUGGGGAAGUCCACGCUGCUUAGUAACCUGGCGGGGGUGUACUCUGAGGUGGCGGCCUACGAGUUCACCACCCUCACCACGGUGCCCGGCGUCAUCCGCUACAAGGGAGCCAAGAUCCAGCUUCUGGAUCUGCCAGGAAUCAUUGAGGGGGCCAAGGACGGUAAAGGCAGAGGGCGACAGGUCAUCGCCGUGGCCCGGACCUGCAACCUGAUCCUCAUCGUACUGGACGUCCUGAAGCCCCUGGGCCACAAGAACCUGAUCGAGCACGAGCUGGAGGGCUUCGGCAUCAGGCUGAACAAGAAGCCGCCCAACAUCGGCUACAAGAGGAAGGACAAGGGAGGCAUCAACUUCACCGCCACUUGUGUUCAAAGUGAGCUGGACAGUGACCAAGUGAAGAGCAUCCUGGCAGAGUACAAGAUCUUCAACGCCGACAUCACCCUGCGUGGAGACUGUACCGCCGAUGACCUCAUCGACGUCGUUGAGGGCAACCGGGUCUACCUCCCAUGCAUCUAUGUGCUCAACAAGAUCGACCAGAUCUCCAUCGAGGAGCUGGACGUCAUCUACAAGGUGCCCCACUGCGUGCCCAUCUCGGCCCACAGCCGCUGGAACUUUGACGAUCUGCUGGAGAAGAUGUGGGAUUACUUGAAGCUAGUGCGCAUCUACACCAAGCCCAAGGGCCAGCUCCCUGACUACACGUCGCCGGUGGUUCUGCCCGACGACCACACGGCUGUGGAGGACUUCUGCCUGAAGAUCCACAAGACCCUCAUCAAGGAGUUCAAAUACGCCCUGGUGUGGGGGGCCUCGGUGAAGCACAACCCCCAGAAGGUGGGGAAGGACCACGUGAUGGACGACGAAGACGUCAUCCAGCUGGUGAAGAAGUAGACGCCCAUCGCCAUGGCGCCCUGCUCGGCCCUGCCCCGUUCCUCGUGCCGCGUCCUCCACCACCCGGGACGCGUCCCACAACGUCUUGACUUCACCAACGUAUACCAGUUGGAUUUGUUACUGGUCCAGAGAGAAAUCCCUCGGCCCGUGUUUAAAUACCUUUAAUAGUUCACAUUGAAUAUCGACAAAUGAGACUUGGGGAGAAGAAUAGAAACCUGUACAAUAAAAUGCUUUUAAAGGGC